AGUGCGGGACGGCAUUUUGAGAUUACACAGGAGUAGGUGAUUGCAUGAAAUAUUGUUGAUUAUUUGAGACAUCAGCACAACUGAAAAAUCAAGACAGAAGAAGGAAGAAUACCAAUAAUUUGGUCGGGAUCCUUCAAAAUACCCUGUUUUGGUCUUCAUUCAUGGAGAAUCAUAUGAUUGGAAUGCCGGAAAUCCUUAUGAUGGAAGCAUUUUGGCCAGCUUAGGAAAUGUCCUCGUUGUCACAAUUAACUACAGAUUGGGAAUUCUAGGUUUCCUUCCUGCUACAGAAGGAUCUGCGAGGGGCAACUAUGGUUUAAUGGAUCAAGUAGCAGCACUUCAUUGGGUGCAGGAAAAUAUAGCAGGCUUUGGUGGAGAUCCGAAAAAUGUAACAAUUAUUGGACAAGGGCAUGGAGCUGCGUUUGUUAAUCUACUGAUGAUAUCACCUAUGGCCCGAGGUCUGUUUCAGAGAGCAGUCAUGCAGAGUGGCUCCGCAUUAAGUCCUUGGGCAAUAGCUCAUGAUGCUCUAACCUACGGUCGUCAGGUAUGCGGAACAUUAAAAUGUCCUACUGAAGAAAGUGCACCGAUGUUGGAUUGCAUGCGACAACGCCCUUUAGCUGAUAUCAUGAAGGUUCAGGUAGUAGUUCCAGAACAUUUGUCAGCAUUUGGCCCCACAGUCGAUGGGAUUGUUAUUCCCGUGGAACCUCUGAAACCCAUGCAAGAAAAAGAUAGCAUAUUUGGCCAAUACGAUCUUUUAUUUGGAGUUACUAAAGCUGAAAAAUUUUACCACCUUUCUUCAAAUGAAGAAAAGCACGGUAUAGACCACGAAAGAAGAGAUAGGAUGUUGCGAACCUUAGUACGAAAUUUGUUCAAUUAUCACAUGCAAGAGAUAUUCCUUACGAUAGUUAAUGAAUAUACAGACUGGACACGGCCUGUUCAACACCCAGUAAGCAUAUUAGAAGCGACAUUAGAAGCAUUGGGAGAUGGAUUAACAGUAGCCCCAAUUAUUCGCACUGGUAAUUACCAUUCAAAGACGCAUUCGAAAACGUAUUUUUAUGUAUUCGGCUAUCAAACCGAAAAUGGGGACUAUCCGCAGAGACAUGGCUGUGUUCAUGGCGAAGAUUUAGCUUAUCUGUUUGGUGCGCCUCUAGUGGCAACUUUAUCACAUUUUUCAAGAAAUUUUUCUAGAGCUGAGAUAUCUCUUUCGGAAGCUGUAAUGUCAUACUGGAUUAACUUCGCAAAGUCUGGGGAUCCAAACAUCACACCGCACCAGGAAUUGGAGAUCUUGCAGUCUGAUAAAUCCAGAAGCCGUUAUGAGAAGUCUGUUUGGUCUCAAUAUGAGACUGUGCAGCAAAAAUAUCUUUUUAUUGGAAUAAAACCAAAGGUUCGAGAUCAUUACAGAGCACAUCGACUCUCAUUCUGGCUGAAUCUCAUACCUCAGUUGCAUCGUCCUGGUACAGUAUCAGUCAUUCCGCAGCAUCAUUUACUAGACGAUCACAAUAAUCCUCUUUCCUAUGACGGUGUUGUACGACCACUGUCUGACGAAGAUGAAAUAUCUGCGACGCUGUCGAGUACGUUAGUUUCUUCCACUCUACGCCCCACAGCUUCAAAAAAUGCUACUUUGAUUAAUGUUAUGUCUACAACUGAAGCAUCGCAGAAGGUUUUUAAGAAGAAGCCUGGGCCUACUUCUGAGACUGUUUCUAACCACACGGGAACUCGCUCUGUCUUGAUUCAUCAAAGUUCCUAUUCUACUGCUCUAAGCGUCACCAUUGCUGUUGGCUGCUCCCUAUUGAUUCUUAAUAUUCUUAUCUUCGCUGGCGUCUAUUAUCAACGAGAUAAGAAUAGGAUGGAAAUGAAGUUGCAGAAACGAAACUAUAAGAUUGCAUUCAAGUCAAAAUCCUGUCGCCGUGUGUUUAGGGAACGGGAUGAUAGCCUUACAGGAGCAGAAAAAUCCAGAGUAACAAUUUUUAAUUUGCAGGAUGGCCACGUUUAUGGAACAGAUGGGGAGGAACAAGGCGAUGAAGAGUCCUUUCACCAAACACACGGCGGCAGUGAUAAAGAUGUUAAUAUUGAUAGGGAUAAAUACAAUAUCUGGGAUUUUGAAGUUCGUCGAGCUGGUGAACGCGAAGCAAUCGUGAUACCACCGUCUCAGACUAAGCCAACUCCGACCGCUGCAGCGUCACCGAUGGCAAUCUGUCCUCCAGGUCUUCCUCCGGACUAUACUCAUCACCACCAUUCGAUCCACAAUCCCUCCCAGCAGGGGGUGCGCAUGUUGCCCCCAAAGGUACCUCCCAAACCUGUAAUGGUGCCGUCUCCAGCUUCGGAUAAUGCUCUACCUGAGGCUCAACCUCUGCUGCCUCAUUCCGGCAUGCCGAAGCAAAUUUCUGCCCCCCAGCAGCAAUCCCAGGAGAUACCAGUGUGAGCAAUGAAGCAGUCUGCUUUGUUCGAGUGGAGAGGGGUCGAAAUUUCGAUGUGGCAGCAGAAUCUUCUUACACUGCUGAUCGUUUCUAUAUUACAUUUGAAGAAUAUACAAUCUGCUUUUACCGCAAAGCUGCGAUGGACCCAAUGGAAUAAAAAUGUUAUGUGUCAUAAUGAUGUGCUGUUUACCUGAGAUGUGAAAGAAUAUUUAGUUCUUGUUGUGAGAAAUCGUUUUCCGCAAAGUAAGAGUUGUUUACAUGAAUGUAUUGAAAGAGAUAAUUUUAUGAGGCUUCCAGUGCGAAAGAGGUGCUAAAAAGAAAUAUUAUGGCCCUAAGACUUUAUUUUACUGGGAAUACUGCAUGAAGCAUUUGCAAAAUGCACGAGCUUCUUAUUCUUCUACUCUCUAACUAAAUAUGGAAUAUUUCUUACUACACCUCGGUGCUCAUAUUAUGGUACAUGUAUCUCAAAGAUUUUUAUAUUUUACAAAGUUAAUGUCAUAUCCUUCACCGAUCAAUAAUGAUAAUUGGGGAAUACGAAUAGUUAAAUAUAAUAAUGUAUAUUGAUGUAUUUCUUGUACUGCUUAAAAGCUCAGUACGGAUUUUAAAUAAACUUAAAAUAUUAUUAUUCAUUACUUGCAAUGAAUAUCUCGUAAGUAUAAAAACGUUUAGCUGAAAGUCCUUUUGAGGGACAGACUUUAAUCUAAAUUAAAAUUUGGAAUUUGAAAAAAAAAAAAAAAAUGUGAGAUGUAAAGAAAUAGAUAUCGUAAUUUAACAGGACUAAAAGCUUUCCUAUUAUUUAUAUUUAGGCUCCUAAAACUUAUUUUGCGAGUUAAACCAUUGACAAAUUAAAAUCAAUAUAAAACACUAACUAUUUUCGAUAUCUUGAAGUGAUCUCGCUGCAAGUGUCUUUAUUUUGAGAUUAUUCAUGGAAAUAGAGUAGUAAAACAUAAAAGAUAAUGCCACUAAGAGGUUUCAGACUGUUAAAGGAAAAAAAUGAGGUAUUAAAUUCAUUGUCAGGAUUAUUAUGGGAGAUGCUUUUAAAAUGUGUAGUAAUGAGAAGUGAAGUCAUGUACGCCUUCCUAAUAAUUAUCAUUGCUACAUUUUUAUUCUGUCUCUUAAAAUUCUACGCCACCACACAGUCACUUAAUACGCAUCUUCUCGUGUAGUAAAAUAUAGUUCCAGCUGCAGGAAAUAUGCAUUGAAAAAAAUAUUUUUCUUGAGCUUUUGAAACAAAACUUCAUAAUUUAUCAGUUCUUACUUCAAUUUUUAUUUAUAUUUAUUUAAAUUUUAUUUCAAUUCAAUAUUAUUUUUUUCGAAAUAAAAUAGUGCUUAAUACCAUAUAAUAUUUGUUCAAUAUCUUAAAGAUUUUUGUAAAAACCUAUACUUAGUUAAUUUCGGAUAGUCAUAAAUUUUUAUGCAAUCAGUCUGCAACUGUAUGCUCUGUGAAUUUCAAGUUACGUUUUAUAUAGCAUUUAAAAUACAGAGAGACAGACAGAGAACAAAUACUGAGUACUUGGAAGGAAGCCUAAGAGAAAACCACAAUUUUCUUUAAUCAUUUUGAGGCACGGCUUUAAUUAAUUAUUUUUUUACCUCACAAAACAAUCGUUCUGAAAUGCAUUCAGUAAAGUAGUAUUUUGUUAUCAUAAGGGAAGAAAUAAAGUCCUUUUACGGAUUUAAUACUUUAAUAAUUUUGCUUUCAAGUCCUUGAUACAAAUUUGUACUUGGGUUUUUCUCAAAGCCUCUUUCAAUUAUGAAUAAGUUAGCAAAAUGCACGUUAAACGUAUUCCAAAGCAUGAAAAAUCUAAUGGUGCGAAAAUGUUCUAACUACUAAUUCACUUACUCUUGAUGUUUAAGGAAUACCUUUAAAUAAAACAUUGCUUCAUGAAACGUUUUCCGAAUUAUUAUAACCCGUUUAUAUGUAAAAUUCUAAUAAGAGGAAAUUUGUCGUCGUUAAAACGUAGUUAAUGAAUAAAAAGAAAAACAGGUUCAUCAGAAUAUGCCUUUAGCAUUUAUAAGCAGAUAUGUGAAUUUAUACCAAGAAAAGACCUAAAAUUCUUAUGAAAAGAAAAUAAUAUAACAGCGUUUGUUACAGGGAAGGUAAAUACGAAACAUAUGCAAAAUGUAGACUUUAGAUCAAAUAAAUUUGCAACAUAAUUUAUUAUAACCACAUCUCACGUAAAUAAAAAAGAUAUUUAUAUUUACGUUACAGAAAAUAAUAAAUAUGAAGUCAUUCGUUGAACGUAGUUUUCAAUUUUAAUAACUACAAAAUUUUAAUAUUAAAGUAUUUCAGAAAAUAAACGAGCUUUGAAUUAUAUUUAAUGCUUUUCUUUUAUUGGCAAAUAAAAGAAAGCAGAUAAUCUAACUUUUAAACCGCUUAUUUUGUGAUGGACGUCGAUAGAUAUAUAUAAGUUUAAACUCAAGUUAAAGUUGCAGUGCUUUGUAAGGUAUUUCUCUCGCCUUCUUAGCAUGCCUUCGUGGUGUAAUGGUCAGCAAACGCGGUGCGUAUUCAAGAGGUCUGAAGUUCGAGUCCUGGCGAGAGUAUUGCUCAUUUUUCAUGUUUCUUGCUUCGAAACAACCUAAUAUCUCUACAGCUUUAAAACAAUAUCUGGAUAAUUUAAUAUUAUCAUCAGGAAUGCCAAAUGUGUCAUUAAUUGAACUUACAUUCAUAUUAACAGAAGUUUAAGUAGCAUAAAAUUGAAACAAUGAAUGCAUUUAGGAUAAAAUAAAUCUCCGUUCAGAACGUUUCUUCGGCCAAAAAGGUAAACUCAUUGAUAUUUUCAAAAUUAAUAAUUUAAUUUUGGAGCAAAAUAAAUUAAGAGAGAUUGACUUCAUUCCUUCAGAAUAGAUCAAAUUUUAAAAUACCAUGCUUUUCCAAAUGCAGGACGCUCAACUCCUUCUCUAUACAUAAACAAUUUACUUAGUUUGCUUAUUACAUUACGAGAAUCAUAUCACAGUUCUUUAAAUUCCUUUCAAAAGCAGAACUUUUGUAUGUAGAUUUAUUACAGAGCAGGAACAAAUUAUAAACUGAGCAUUUAGAUUUUAAAAUUAAAAUAACACCAACCAAAUUUCAAUAAAACUUUUUCCAAGAGGAUGUACAAUGAAGCAUGUAUUGACAGGUUACAUGUAAAACCGUGGUAGGAGUUAAGGAAAUUUAUUAAACUAGAUCGUGUCUUAAUGAAGCCCCACGUAACAUAGAUUUGUAUAUGUGUCUCAUAGUGAAAAAUGGAGAAUAAAGAAAUGCUUUUCGAAAUCAAAUUAAUCAAGCAAAAAGGAAACAUAGCGUCCCUCCUUAAACAAUCAAAUUACUUGAUAUAUUCUUAAAUAAUAUUUUGAAGUUCACAGGUAAUUAUCGGUAAAAAACAAUUUCUCAUUCGAACAUAUAGUGUAACACAAAUUUUACUAGGUUUUGAAAAAUAUUUCUUUAACCAUGAUACUUAUAUUCCAUAACCUUACCGCUUGUAGAACUGUUCAAGUCGAAGAAAUUAUCCGAAAAGUUUCAGUUUUAUGCAGCCUCGAAAACUGACGUUUUUUUAUCAUUUCAUUUUACCAAAGAGUGUGGCUGACAUUUUUUUUCGGGAGCCAGUUUUGCGUACUAUGUAACUGAGAUUUUUUUGAAAAAUCGAGAGUAAAGAAAGAGAAGGGGUGACUUGGUAAUUUCAACUUCCUUUCUGUAUGAAAGUUUAUGUUUUGCUUAAAUGAAAUGCCAGAAAAAUUCAUUUUUUUAAUAUUUUCAUGAAAGGACUUUGCUUAUUAAAAACUACUUUAUUCUUAUAGCCCAUCCUGCUCUACUUUGUAAGUUCAAACCAUGGGAAUACGUCUAACCAUUCAAGAAAUACUCAAUUGUGCAUAUUUUUUUAAAACUUCCUUGAUGCUCCUUCAUUCAAUGCUCUUCGAAUCACCCAUAUAAGGACAAAAUAUUCGUUAAUAAAAACAUCAUUUUAUUCAAUCUAAGAGUGCGAAUGAUGAAGUUUGCAGCUUCUUCAAGUCCUCCUCAUACGAACAAAGGAAACAGUGAAAAAAGUAGGGAAGAGUUCCAGCUAAAAAUAAUGAAAACAACUGAAGCAAUGUUAACCAUUUGAGUCAUAUUUUUAAAUAUCCAUUAUUUCACAAUGGCUACCCUGAUGAAACUCAGAUUAAAUUUUUAAUAGAGAUGCAGUUUGCUGAGUUAAUUAAUUGAGUAAUAUUAAAAGUUUCACUUUACAUUCAUUAGGUGCUACAUAAGGUCUAUUCCUAUUGAACUUUAUGUUCAUAGUUUGUUGCCCAAUAAGCGUGGCGCUGUUGUUUUUGAACUUAAAUACGUAUUUCAUUUUUGCCAUCUGCAUGGAAUCAUAUUUAGCUCUAAACUAAUGUGUUUGCAAGGCAUCUACCAUGGGCCAUAGUAUUUCGCCUCUUUCUAUCGUGUCUCAGGUCUUCCCACUGAAAUGUCUGUAGCUGUUUUCCUUUGCCAGAUUGAAUUGCUGUUCUUAUGAUAUCAGCCAACUGGGCUGACUUUUUUUCUAUUAAUGAAUGAUCGCAUUUUAUAAAUAUUCGUGUUUUCAUUUUACUUCAUGUAUUGCAUAUUACGCAAGAAUCUUUUGUAAUGCCCUAAUUAAAGGUGUCACGUAUUCUUUGAUUCUAAAAAGCCAGUGAAUUAAUCUUUAGGGAAUCUUCUACUUACAUAGAAAUGCUUGUUUCCAAGUUUAAAUAUAUAUGAGCACUGAAAAUAUGUUGUGGUAAUAUAACGUUCUAACGUUGUUUCUUGGUAAAAAUUAUAUAAAAAUAUUCGGUGUUGUGUAAGUGAAACGUGAAGGAACAUGUUCUAGAUUUAUUAUUUUACAGUGAAUAAAAUGUUUAUCACCACACA